AUGGCGAUGCCGCCGCUUUUGCUGGCCGCCCGCGAGCUCGUGCGUGGCUCGACCACGUCGCUUCCACCCGAUGCUGAAGUUGCGGCUUUUGCCGCGUCUCAUUUACACAUCGCAGUAGUCUUUCGAUCGCGAACGGAGCGAAAUUGCGUUCGUUUGGGCGUGUUUACGACGGACGACAAAGUCGACAAGGAGAAAGUCGCACUCUUUCUUGAUCUGGCAUCGGAAUCAGACAAUUCACGUGCUUCUGAGGAUGCUGAAAGUCAAUGGGCGAUCGUAUGGAGUCCAGAUGUCAAAUUCCUCGUCGUCAGUGGUGGCAGUGGAGGCAUCAUGUGGGUUUUAACAUGUCCCCACUGGUUGGAUUGCGCUUUGUCACCUAGAAGCUUAGCCGACUCGUCUUUACUGCUUCCUAUCAAUCCAUCUAAUUACUUGACCCGAAAGCAUUGGAAUUCUGGUACAAACAUUGUCAAGGUUUUCUUCCCGAUGCAAAGUGGAAGCAAAAUGUUUGUGCUCUCAGGAGACGGAGUUUGGCUCAAUGUGAGCGUGCAAUUGGCCAAAUUAGCACUAAUUGCAAUGGAGAAGUCGGCGUCUGAAGAGAUGAUGGGAAUAUUUUCGAUGCAAGUGUCGAAGAAGCUUACGGAAUGGCAUGGAGGUAUUACUGCUGCGUGUUACAGCCCCGAGAAUUGCCUGCUUGUUAUAAGUGGAGGAGUGAGAGACCCCAGCGCAGAUUUAGUGAGAAAGCAAGCGUCAUCGUUGAGUGUAUGGAAAGUCAAGAGUGAUAAAGACGGGAAAGAAUCUGGCGAGCUGUUGGAUUUUACGCUGCUUGUGGAGGGAAAAAGUCAGCAAUUUGACGACGAGACCAAUAAGGACGAGACAAUGAAGUCAAGUGUAGAUUCAGCAACGACAGUGGAGAGCAGUGGGCUGCUAAUGAGCGUCAAAGACAUGUUUUUUGGCCUAGCAGGGAUUCAUGCAGGCAGCAAGUUUUCUGAAGAUCAUUUGAUGCGGGGAUGUAUUCGCCACAUCGCAUUGGCACCAAAUGGCAACUUCGUGAGUAUGGUGGACGACCUCGGCAGAAUCGCUAUUCGCAAAAUUGACGCUUGUGCGGAUGUUUUAAAGUGGCAAGAAGUACGGGAUAAGUCGAUUUCUGGCGCGCAAGGAGUCGCACUGAAGUCAGUUGUAUGGCUGACGUCCGAUUUGAUGGGUAUGAUGUUUUCCAGCGAUAACGUAAUCUUUGCAAGAUUUGAAACACAUUUUGACGAAAAGGUCGACACUGGUGGAGUUAACGGUGAGAUCUUAGAACUGUCCAGUCGUCUCGAGUUUAUUCCUGCAAAGUUUUAUAGACCGGCGUUGGCCGUUUCAGCUCACACCGAACGAACGCUUGCGUUCGAUGCAACUGUGACGUCACCUGGCGCUACAAACUGUGCUGCAUUCACUGCAAAUGAGCUCGUCCUUGCUGACAGUGUGUGGGCUGUAAAUGACGUGGAGUCUUUGAGUAUGAAACCAUUUAUUGAGCUGCUUAUGAAUGAAGGAAGAUUCGAAGACGCGCUAGAGACGGUAGCUUUACAGAGAGGGGAUAUGAAUGACAUGAGCGCAGACGAUAUUCACCGCCACGUCUGGAUGCGAUAUCGGAUCAACGCAGCCAGAUUGGAUGAAUCUGUAAUCAGUGGCGUAGAAGAUGUUGACUUAAAACGUCAGAAUCUCAUACUUCUGACCACGCGACCACCUGGACUCCUUCAACGCGAAGACUGUAGUGAGUUUUGCGCUGCAUUGGGUCAUUUACGAGCGAUAUCGGACAAAGGUUGGGUACUUGAUGAGUGCCUGCAUCUUAUUGCCGACGACUCAUUCACGAACAUGAAAUGUAUUCUUGAUCUUGCUUUGGAUGCUUUGGUCUGUAUGAACGGUGGCGAAAAGGUUGAUGCAAAAUAUUUGCAAAAGAAAGUGGAUCUCCAAAGAUAUAUCUAUCGUCUUGAAACCCUUCGAUUAAUAGUGUGCGAAGAAGACGGCAUGUCUGCAAUGCCCGUUGCAGCUGACAACCUCUUUGAUGGAGCUACGUUUGCUCUGUUCCGAUCAUUACCUAUGCUAUCAUUAGCGAAACAAUUUGCACGAGAAGGCCGUGUUACUGCAUUGAAGGUGGUUCUUCACCGAAACGGCUGGAAUUUGCUUCCUUACUGGAUGGACGUUCUUGAGCAAAUUCCUUCCUCAGUCUCACCUUUUUUGUAUGCGGAACUGCUUCCAGUGAUUUCCGCUCAGAAAGAAAAGUAUGGGUGUAUUCACACUUUUAAAUGGUCGAAUGAUGACUUUAGCCAGUGUGAUGACGAUUACGACUCAGUUGCGCCUUCUGAAGAGCACUAUCUCCACGACAUCACUGUCGAAGAGCAGGCAAGCAUAAAUAAUUACACGAGCAUUGCUCGCGAAGAGCACAAUGUCGCGUACGGUGAAUGGCUAUCAAGAAGAAUUUUGGAGCUAGACACCCGGUAUGGCCAGCUCACUUUCGCAUAUCAGUUAAGUAGACUGGCUUUCGAUUGUCUAUCCGGGUGGGUCUCUCUGGCUGUUAAACAGCCACUGGAGGAGCUUAUUAUGCACACUGAACGUUUACACAAUUGCGUGCAUGUGUUUCACCUACCAGCCUGCUGUUUGCUUCCACUGAACGAGUGGUCUACACUUUCGAUGCACGAUCAAGCUGUCAUUGUGGUAGGCGCUAAUGACAGAAAUCUUGUAGACGAUGUUGCGUUUACGAUCGUUCGCUUGGAGAAGGUGUUCGUGACCCAGCGUCGAGAUCGAAUGUAUGCGCUGGAUGACAUGCUUUCGUGGCUGGCACAGACUGUGUCAUUGAAAUAUAUGCUACCCGGCCUGACGCUUGCAGCCGAAAUCAUUAAGCGGAGCAACCCAUCAAUUGAGCUUUCCGAACGCUGGAUUCAGAGUGACACGCUACUUAUUGACACAGCACUUAGUGUCGUCUAUUCGGUGAGUUGUUGUGACUAUAUCGAAGCAAAAGCGCCCAAUUUAGGUGCUAAGGCCUACAUGCAGAGCCACGGUACAGUUGUGGAGCAACUUUGGACAAUAUUUCAGUCGUUACCUAUACGAAAAGAGAAUGAUCCACCGGGGAUUGCGCAGUUGCAAGCGGCUGUGGGUGAAAUGGAAGGUUUGUUGAUUGCAGUAGACGUACUCAGCAAGUACGGUGUGGCUAGAUUGCCCAGUCAAAUGAGGUAUCAGAUGCUGGCAAGUAGCGAUUGUACGACAGGUGACAGCAAGAAUGUCGAUCCGCAUGAACUUGUCAAAAGAAUGUGUGCGUUUGCUUUCUCCAGUGAACAAAUCGAAGGCAAAGAAUAUAGCAAUGAAAGGCGGUGGCGUAAAGUUCUCCAAGAUGCAGUAAAGCUGAAAGAGCUUGCAUUCGGUGAGCGAUUGAGCCAAGAGGUGAUACUGUACAAUAUAUUGAAGCAUCUACUUGUAUCAGAUCGCGUCGAUGUUGGCUCUGCUCAGGACGUGGUGAACUAUUGGAUAGCCUCUGACGAAGAGGCUGUUGAACGUAUUCUCGACACGUUGUUCGUGGCAACACGAGCAAAACUUGACUCCAUUACCGGAUACCAUGAAGAUAGAAGCCUUAAUGCUAUCCACACUGCUGCUUUGAAUUGCAUCAGUAUCGCGAGACAACUGCUGUCUCUACCAAUAUGGGACGAAGGAGAUCGUGCAGUGUCCACUACCAAAGAAUACUACGAGGAAGCUUUUACGCAUGAACUGGAUUUAGCUGACGGUUGUGAGCUGCUUGAUUUACUGACGCAUGGCACUGUUAAGAUGUCACCGCCACAGCUGAGGAUCAGCCACCCACAGGAAAACGUUCACAACAUCCGACUCGAUGCUCUUUUUCAAGUAUUUCUGAGCAACCCAAGUAACUAUAAACCGUCCAGGCGAGCAAAAGAUUGGCUUGCGCAACGCCAUGCUUUCGGAAUAAAUGGAGGAACGAAUGCAGAUUCGUGGAGUGAGCCUUUAUCUGCUGUUAUGCAAUUGGCAAGACUGUUGCAUAUUGAAACCGAGAAGCUAAAAAUUUGGAUGAAAGGUGCAUAUGCAGCACUGUAUUGCAUCGAUUACGAUGUCGCAUGCGAUUUGACCAUGGAAGUCAUCACUAUUGCGACGGCUAAGACUGACUACACUGCGGAUCGUAAUGGUAGUGGUGACAAAGUGCCUCUCUUGCAUUUGGUUUCGUUGGUGCUGGAUCUCGUGUCUGCUUCAUCUUUCCAUUCAUGGGGUAAGAAGCGCAAUUUAUGCUGUGCGCUGUUGAGUGCAUCAAGUAUAUCUUCUACAGACCUUUUCGCACACCAAGUGACAGAUUUGGUGCUGAGGUGGUUUGAAAAGAUUGAUGCUGUUUACGCCGUAAUGGUCGAGCUAGGCUUGUCGGACGAUGAUUUAGAGCAACAGCGACUCACUGACGAAAAGAAGACAAACAGUAAUGAAUGUGCUAUAUUGAACGAGCUGGAAGGGGCAGUAGCAGUGAUGGUUGGCAAAAAAGAAGACCGCCGACUUAUUUUGCGGUUGUUGCAGCGUGGGAUUCGUCUUGCUGUCGUGCUGUCCGGCAACAGUGUUAGCGUUGCGAAUCACGAUAUUAGUGAGUCUGUAUUGACAUUUCUCCAGCAAAUGGUACGAAUUUGCGUACAAGAGGCGACCGAGCUCGUGCCAACUUCUAGUGAUAUAGAUUCGGCAGAUUGGCGGCAGUACAUGGAUCUUGCCUUCGGCUAUUUAAUGUGGUUGGGUACCUGCAGCGAAUAUGGCAGCUUUGAAGCUUUCUGUGUCGAUGAAGUCCUCUCUCCAUUGUUCAUCGAUCAAUCCGGACCGAUGUUGUCAGAUGAAUUACUCAAUGAUACAUCGCCGAGGUGCGAAGUCAUGGUCGGUAGACUCCACGAUUUCUUUUUGUUACAAGCAGCACAAGCAAAUGCAGCCACUAUAACUAUUCACGCAGGGGCUUUGCCAAUAUGUAGAGAGCGUCCCACAACGUUACCUUCAUCCUACGAAUUCGAGCAGAUUGCAGCACGUGACACCAGUAUUCCGGGCGAUUGUACUUUAGGCGACUCAACUGGUCCAGAUGAAAUACGGUGCAAAACUCGGCCUCAAUCGUCCGAACAGCAAAAUGUUAUGUAUCUGAGCCUAGCUCAGCGAUGUCAAGAUUGGUUGAUGUCGCAGAAAAAGUCACAAGAGCUGGGCCAAAUGACCACAUUCUUAGGCAAUAAAUUGAAUGCCGAGUGUUUCUUGCAAGAUGAAUGCUACCGCGAGGAACAGAUUUUGUUGCUAGCCACAAAACGAGAACACUUUCCUCUUUCACGGCAGCUUGCCGUACAAUAUGGCAUCGAUGAGUAUGGAUGCUUGCUGGCUUACAUCAAGAGCGUGUUACUCGCUCCACCAGAUUGCUUUCGAGAUGCCCGUCGUAAGCAGCUGGACGAGGCGUUCUCGAUCGACCAAACUGAUGUCCUUGAGGAAGCUUUGCAACGACCGAUACGAUUUGGAAACUUUUUACUAAAAAGCGAUACCGAAGGCGGUUCAAGUUUGUACGAUUUGAUUGACGGAACUGACCAUGUUGGUGUUUUGCUCGUACUGCGCAUGAUCCUGGAAAGCUCGAAGCGAAUUCGUGAAGAGUUGGCAGAACAAAUGUCGCCUCAUGAUUAUUCUUCCUUUCCUCUUGCUAAAGUCUCGAUAGACCGAAUCACUCUUUUAUUUAUGUGCUUUAAGAAGCUCAUAGAUAUCGGGGACUCAUGUGACGUGCUGGGUUUCGAUCUGAAGCUCAUAGGCUCAGCUUCUACGACUAGGAAAUUACUGACUCCCACAGCAUUACUACAUGCAGAUCCUGAUGUAAUGGCCUCCAAUCGGCAGAUGGCUGUUGAAGCAGUCCGACCUCUAUUGACUGGCCGGACCGUCAAGGUUGCUACUAAAAUAUUGCGCAAGCUGCACAAUGUGACACCAAGUGCCAUGAUUUUGAUUUACAUCAAUGAUCUACUAAUGAACAAAUGGAGGGAGGAUGGCGCUACUGCCACAAGCGACGCUCAUCUGUCGGAAGUGGCGUUCCGUGCGUACGAAUCGUUUGUGCCAUGUCUUUCAGUGCUUUCAAACGAACAUUUGAUGCUAUUCCACUACUUGUUCCUGAAUGGACCGACAGGCAAGCAUCCGCCCGACUUAGUGACGCACCUAAAUCUUGCAGAGGAAUUCUACGGACAGCAGCUGAGUGGUCUGCAGCAUUUUGGUGGACUACUGGCGCCCGAAAAGCGCGUGGACUUCGUGACCGAUACAUUGAUUGUUUUCCAAUCAAAGUACAACUCCUGGCAAUCGUUCGGGGCACGCUCAAACGUUUCGUCAUCUUCAUCCACUGCUUCUUCUUCGUCCAUAUCAUGGGAUCCAACACAAUACAAGCAAAAAGAGCAGGAGCUUAGCUAUCUGGAGCGUGACCUAGCAGCAAACAUGUGUUGUUUACUGCUUCAUAAGAUUGAUAAGCAUAAUUUGACGUUUACCCUGAGUGAAAGCAUGAUCGAUGUGUGGCAAUCGCCGGAGCUUAUUGCAGCGGCUAUAAAGGCCUGGUUCGCCAUGGAUCCUCUUCAGCAAGCAGCCAAUGACGAGGUUUUUGAUUCCGGUGCCUUGAUCAAGCUUUGCCAGCACGUAGCAUCCGUAGACCUUUCAAGCCUGAUUAUGGAGCUAGUGUUGCGUACUGGUGGAAACAAGAUGAAUGGAGAUAGUGCAGCUACUGUCAUUGCUGAAAGCUACAAGACAGCUGUUGCCAAUCUGGUCAAUCGGUAUGUAAAUUCGGAACAUGGUGGACAAAAGCACAGUGAACGGUGGGUUGAUAGUCUCGUGCGUUCGUGGAUCAGGGAUACAUCUACUCCUAGAAGCUGGCAGGAAGUUGAACUUGGAGACUAUGUCCGCACCACUUUAAGGGUGUCACGCGACAGAAAGUCCGAUGCACAUGCACUAUGUGAGCACGCUGUAAUGCUGUUGGUGCAGUCGCCAUCUGCGCUGCUAAAAGAAAUAGGAUCGACGCGGCAAAGUGAGAUGUACAGCCCUUCUGAUGGAAUUGACGCUUCAAACGAAAGUGUGGUCGCCUUAGUGCGAGAAACGGUUUCAUCCCAGCUGGAACAGUUAGUUCUGCAGACCGAAGAUCAGCGAAAGUGGAAAGAAGCUGCAGCGCUUAGCCACGUGCUGCAAUCGUGCGAAGCUUUCGAGAACGACUGCGCGAAGUUGGCUACGAGGGCUUUCGGGCUGCACGUAAAAUCUGUUUGGUCUGCGUUACUGAUGGAACACAACAUGGCUGAAACCAAGCCGCAACUCCUUUUCGACAUCCCCAGUCCAGAUGUGUCGAACCACUUCACUGCAGUAUUCCAAGAGCUGCUAUCCUUCGUCGAGGCACGCGCUUGUGAUGGCGACGCCAAGGCUCUGCAAUUUGCGAAGCAGGCAACAGUAGCACUAAGCAACUUGCUAGAUCGGCGCGCAGUUGUACAAGGCGAUCCUCCACUAUGCAGUACUGCAGCAUGGCAGAAUGAACAGAAGCUCGCAGUGCAAGCACGUAUCUGGGCUCAAUUUCACGUGGGUGAUGGAAUCGAGAGACCACCGACACAAAAAAGCGAGGCGACCUGUUGGUCGGCGCUCUUUGCGCGGGGCAUCUGGGACGCUCACCUAUUAGAUUGGUACACUACGCAUGCAUAUGCUGAGCUAAGUGGCGACGAAGAAGGCACAGAAAUGGUGGUGUUGGCUCACUGGGAAACAAGCAAGGCCGACAUUGCAAUUCAACUGCUUCUGAUGUGCCCAUUUGACGAGCUCAGAAAAAAGUAUACCGACCGACUGCUGCAUGCUGUGCGACAACUUCCACAAGAUGCUCCCAGCUGGUCUACGGUAAUGGAGUUUGCACUUUUGCGCUUCGAUGUUGCAGUGCUCAUCCAGCAUGACCUCCACUCGUCGGUAGUGGCCUUCUUGCUGCAAGACGUGAACAAGGAACCAGCACUAUGGACAUCCAGCGGUGCCUACGUCGUGUGUGCCUUAGUGAUGCAGGGUGAAUUUGCAGCGGCUGGUCGCCUAACUUGUGCGUUGCGUCAUGCACACCCGCUGCUUUGGGACGUAGAAAACGCGCGCCUGCUGCUUUCCAGCUACCUCCGGACGCUUGCUUCAUUAUCUGUGCAGCACAGUACCAUUUACAACGCCGAACUCUCUCACAUGAAGCACGAAGUGUACGUCCAGACGUCUUGUCGCUUUGCAAAAGCGUUCGACUAA